AUUUUAUCAAGCAAUUGUUUUAAUAUUGGACUGUAUUUAGCAACAAAUGCAAAAUGGAUGAGCGGAAUGCUUACACCAUACAUACAAUAUGCCGAAUUUGUCUGAACCACUUGGAGAACGAUGCCAGCUACGGUCUAUUCCGGGUCCCAGGACUGGCUAAAAAGCUGUGUGUAUGCACAUCUCUCUCUGUGGAGGAUCAGGAUGGCUUUCCAGAAAAUAUUUGCACCACCUGUUACAGCAAACUUGAAGACUUGCACAACUUUCAAAAGAUGUGCGUGGACUCAGUGCAAAAAUUCAACGAAAUGGUGGCCAAGAACUGUUUUACCUGCAACACGCCGCCGAUCAAUAGCAUUGAUUUGCUCAACAUCGACAGACGUGAAGUAGAUGGUGAGGAGGAGGACCACGUUAACUUUGAUCCACUGUUGAAUACCAAAGUAGAGAUUGUUGAGAGUGAGGACCAUUUGUUAAAUAUGAUUGAGAAUGUCGACAAAGAAACAGAGGAAAAGGAUAAUAACUCUUCUAUUCACAGCGAUAAUGAUAUUGAUGAUGAUGUUGAUUUUGAAGUCAACAGCAGUGACUCGGACGAAGCCAUGCCCCUUGCACGAUUACGCAAAAGUGUUAGAGCCAAGACAAAACAAAAGUCCAAACGGAGAACUGCCAAGAAUGAAACGUAUGAUUCUUCAAGAUCAGAUUCAUCAGAUAAUGACAAAGAGCGUAUUGGGGAUAACGAUAAGGCAAGCAUUAAACCAAAUAUUAACUGUCACAUUUGCCAUCAGAAAUUUAAGACGGUCGUACUCUACGAGGAGCACAUGAAGCAACACCAGGAUAUGUUGCCUUUCCAAUGUAAAGUUGAAAGCUGUCGCAAAGGUUUCACGACGGCAAGCGGAUUGCGCCUUCAUGUGGAUCAUGCACACGCCGAGCUGUCUGAAGUGCACCCCUGCACCGUUGAGGGCUGUAACCAAAAGUUUCCGCGCAGUCGAACGCUCACAAUUCAUAUGAAGAAAGAACACAACAUAAUCAAAGAGCCAACCAAGGAAUAUCCAUGUGCUGCGUGUACAAAAGUAUUCCGUUGUCCCAUGGCGCUCAAGAAGCACACGUACAGACACACAGGCGAGGAAUUACCCCAUCCUUGUAACAUUUGCGGCAAGCGCUUUCCUACGAAUAGUGCACUCAAAGAUCAUCUCAUGCGGCAUGCGGGCGUCAAGAAUCAUGUUUGUCCUUACUGCGGCGUAGCCAAAACUACGCGUCAAGAGUUGAAUGGACACGUAUUGAUACACAGCAAGGAGAAAAAGUUUAAGUGCGAGCUGUGCGAUCAUGCCACCCACAAUAAGGCGUCACUCGGCAACCAUGUCAAGGUGGUGCAUAUGAAGAUUAAGAACUUUGCCUGCCAGUUUUGCGGCAGAACUUUUGGUAAAUCUAACGCUUGCAAGGUCCACGAGAGACUUCACACAGCCGAAAAUUGUUCGGAGUGUAAGAUUUGUGGCAGAAAAUUCCUAUUCGAAAAGCUCCUUACCAGGCAUCUACAGAUGCACGAGAAACGUGCAGCUAACCCUCCAAAAACUAAAUCCAAGGUCAAAGUUCAUGCAGCGCAGUCAACUGAAAAUGAGCACCAACAGUUAUUGAAUGUGCCAAGCGAGAAACCUUCGCUUGAGCAUCUUCCUGUUCCUGUACCUCCAAAGCCAAAGAAUUCAAACAGAGUGGAGCGGGUGGACAUAUCCCAAUUAGCUGGUACAGCUGUCAACCCCAUACCCUCCGUUGCAGUGCCGUCGUGGUCACCGCAAAUUGACUUCUCCAACAAAGAGGGUGAACACGUUUGCCCUGACUGCGGGAAAAUUUUAAAUUCCGUUAGUGGAUUGAAACUCCACUACAAAGUUGUACAUGCCAAGAUUAAGGACUUUGCCUGCCGCUACUGUCCUAUGCGUUUUGGCAGAUCGCAGUAUCUCCGUAAUCAUGAGCGUAUUCAUACUGGAGAGAAACCAUUUGAGUGCACGAUUUGUGGCCAGUGCUUUCGUCAACUGCAGGUAUUGAAAACUCAUAUGAAAGUACACAAUAAGGAGCCGAAGCCACCAAAGCCGCCAAAGCCGCAGAUGACACGUAGGCGACGAGUACCAACAUCUAAUCGUGGGCCUAAAAUUGAGCUAAACAAGGGCAAGGCAAAAAAUUUCGAAGAGUACCAGGAUCCAGCUGCCGAGUGUGCAGCCGCAUCAGCUGCUCUGCUGGCUAAGCAGAUCGAGAAGAACGAGAACAAACGAAAAGAAGAGGCUGAGCAGCGAAAGAUUCAAGAAGCUGCGAGUGAGCAGCUAAGUCAACUUAAUAUGCUUAUGCAGCUUCAAAAGUAAGAACUGUUGUUUUUAUUGGCCUUCGUUUGGAAUCAGCUUGCCAAUCUACGUUCCGAGAACAGGGACUUGCUGGGCAAGGAGCAGUCGCUGGAAGUACAUGUCGUGCUUGCUCUCUCCAGCCUGGCCAAAAGAUCAACGUCUGAGGGCAGAAUAACCAAGCAGUUCCAUCUUGCUUCGAAUUUAUUUAACCUUUAAAUUAUGAUUAAUAUCAAUAUUUACUUUU